AUGGAUCCAAGGAUUGCUUGGUUUCCACCGGAACAUCUAGGAUUAGCGCAUGAUUUAUGGACGCGAGUCUGGGAAACACAAUACAAUUUGGAAACUAUGCUUAAGGGAUCAACUUCAGACCAAAAACCACAAGAAUUUAUUCCUCUAGACGGGCUGACGGACACGACCACUUUACAUAAUGAGCAGUUACUGUUACAAAAAAGAAAGCGAGGUGAUAAUCGGGCAUGUACAUUUGGACUGAAUUUUUCAGUAAAUAAAAACAUUUUAAAAAAUGGGGGUCUUACACCAUGGAAGAGACCCGACAAAAAACUUGGUCGCGGAGUUCUUGGAUUGCAUGAAGAGAUAAUAGAUUUCUAUGAGUACAUGUCACCACAGCCUGAAGAGGUAGAAAUGCGAAAUGCUGUUGUAGAGCGACUUAGAUCUGUGAUAGGAGACCUUUGGCCUGAUGCAAGGGUUGAAAUAUUUGGAAGCUUUAGAACUAACCUGUAUUUACCUACGAGUGACAUUGACCUGGUGGUAUUCGGAAAAUGGGACUCCCAGCCCCUGUUUACAUUGCAAGAGGCAUUACUGAAAAGAAAGUUGGCAGAUGCCUCAUCAAUUAAAGUAUUGGACAAAGCAUCAGUGCCUAUAGUCAAGCUGACUGAUAUAGAGAGUGAAGUGAAAGUUGAUGUGAGUUUUAAUAUGGACAGCAAUCAAAAUUAUGGUGUAGAAAGUGCCCAACUCAUUAAGGCAUACAUGGAGAAAUAUGUCUGCUUGAAGUAUUUAGUGCUUGUCUUGAAGCAGUUCCUACUGGAAAGAGAUCUCAAUGAAGUGUUCACUGGUGGCAUCUCCUCAUACAGCCUCACCCUUCUGGCUAUUAGUUUCCUCCAGCUUCAUCCACGUGAAGAUGCAACAAAACCAGACGCAAACUUUGGUGUUCUGUUAAUUGAAUUCUUUGAACUGUAUGGGAGGAAUUUCAAUUAUCUGAAAACAGCAAUUCGUAUCAAGGAUGACGGAGCUUACCUUCCAAAGGAGGAGGUUUCUAAAGAAAUGGAGAAUGGGUACAGGCCGUCACUUUUGUGUAUAGAGGAUCCCUUGAAAGCUGGAAAUGACAUUGGGCGCAGCUCUUACGGGGCCAUGUCAGUAAAGCACGCUUUUGAGUAUGCAUAUCUUGUGUUAAAUCAUGCGGUUGCACCUCACAAUUUACACCUGACAACAAAAACUCAGAGCGUAUUAGGAAGAAUAGUUAGAGUGACAGAUGAGGUUGUCAAAUACCGCCAGUGGGUGAAGGCAAAAUUUACAAAACAGGCAGACCAUGAAAAUAUUAAUGCCACUCCAAUGGAGCCAGUAAAAUCCUUAGUUUUGCAACCCAGACCUUCACCACAGUCAACACCCACACCACCAGCUCCUCCAGAGGUGACCAGUAGGAAACAUAUUUCACACCAUCGUCAAGGAGCUACAUAUGCUGCUGUUGUCUCCAAUGGUACCUCUAUCAGUGGCUCUGGAGACAAAAGAAGUUCACGUGGUGUGGGUACUCAAGAUGGUAAUGUGGAAAGUGAGACCAGUGAUUCAUGUGGCAACAGCUCAGGCUACAAGUCAUCUUCAAGCUCUCAGGCCAGUUCAGAGGGAACGCCAAGUGAUUCGGAAUGUGAAUGUGGUGCUGAGAACAGCCAGCCUCGUCAGCAGCUUUCUGCCACUCAGCACAAUGGAGGUAUUGUGACAUGUAACAAAAAUGGGUGGUCAGGGGCAUAUCAUAAUGGUCACAUUUCAAACCGAGAAUUUGUGAGAAAUAAAGAAGCUCUCAGGGGCAGUUCCAGCGGUAGCAAACCAACACGUGAUACAAGCAAUAGCAGCAUAUCUUCAGCCUGUUCCUACAAAGACAGCGGUAAUAACACUGUCACAUAUGCAUCCACUGUCUACCCCACACACACAGGUUUUUCUGGUUACAGUGGGGAGUCUGUUUCCACUUACUAUGCCCCCCAUGGUCACCAGUACCAGCACAUGUCUUCUAAUCCUGGACAUUCUCGAGAUAGCAGAGACCAUUAUGUUACUUCAUAUAGCAGUGUGGCCACUAGCAAUAUAGGUCAGCCACAACAUGUUCACCAGCGGCCACCGCCAGCGCCUUUCUCAAACGUUCACAAUGGCACAAGAUCAGCUAACAUCAAGGUCUUUAAUCGGAGCUCAGCUGUAAGCAAGCAGAAACGAAAAAAUGGCAGGCAGGAUCAUUCUCAGAACAGAGAGGCUAACAACUCUAGGUGA